AUGGUCCAGCUCAGAGUCAAGGACGGUGCCAAGCAUGUUAAAGAGGUGCUCCCUCAAACCAAGGGCCAAAGUGCCAGCAGCAGCAGCCAUGACCCUGAAGCUGACGAUGGCUUCCAGAUAGAAAAGGACUGGGAUGGUGACACUGUGGUGGCGGAAUAUGUGGAGCCAAUUGGAGUUGAAUACACCUAUUCUGCAGAAAUCAUACCAAUAACGGACAUUCCUGAAGCGUGUGGGUACACAUUAGAUCCUGUGCGUGGUUUUGCAGUGGUCUCCUUUGGUGGUUGCUAUGUUAAACGUACCAGCCACUACAGCCUGCAACUGCAGUUCACCAACAAACUGGGUCAGUCACAGGCAGCCACCAUUUCCUGUGACCCGCCCCGCAGACCAAAAACGGGUGUUUCUCAUGGCACUGAACCAGUACGAACGCCCAAGUGCAGUAAAAAGGUGCCACCGCCAACCCUUGAAGCGGAUGACACAGCUGCACUGAACUGCAUGUAUCCCACUGAAGAACGGGUCACUUGUGGCCAGAAGUCCAUGACUCAGGCAGAAUGUGAGAACAUGGGAUGCUGUGCAGAUCCAUACACAUCCCUUUGCUACUACCCACUGGAUGAGUGCACCAAAGAUCGCCAUUUUGUAUUUGCCAUUCGGCAUGACUCGGCAUCCAUCUCAAUAGAUCCAACCAACCUUGUAACUCCUGGAGCCUCAUGCUACCCAGUUUUUGUUACAGAGGAAGUAGCAAUCUUCAAAUUCAAAGUGACCGAAUGUGGCACUCGUGCAUAUACUGUUGGGAAAACCCAAGUCUACCUAGCAGAAGUGCAGACGCUUGUACAAGCGCUCAACCUCAAAUUUGGAAUGAUCACCAGAACUGAUCCAGUCAGAUUCUUGAUCGAGUGUCGCUACAGUAGUGAAGAAUCUCCUUAUGCGAUGGAAAGUGUCGGAUACAUGGUCAAGACCCCAAGCCUUGACCUGCCGUCGCACAUAGUCUUGGAUGUUAGUUACAGCGUCCAGCUACGGAUUUCACUAGAUGACUCUUACACGGAAUACAUGCCCACUCACCACCCGCCGUUGCAUCUUCUCCUGGGUAAUCCAGUCUAUCUGGAACUAAACCUCAAUAAUGCUGAUCCAGAUUCUGUCCUGGUGGUGAAUUACUGUGUGGCUUACCCUCGAUCAGCGAAGAAUGCCAUGGUGAUGGUUUAUGAGGGGUGCGCAAACCCAAAUGAUAAGACGGUGACCAUUAUUCCCAUCGGCGAUACCACCAACCGCUUUCAGAGGCGUUUUGUGAUCACUGCCUUCCAGUUCUUGGACGAGUCGACAACGAAGUACCUUGAUGAAGAAAUCUAUUUCAUGUGCUCAACGGAAGUUUGUCGACCAGCGGAAAAGGAUUGUGGCGUACAGUGCUUUGAUGGAAUGGCUAACUCUAUCCCUGGUGUCCUGUUGGUUAACUCACAAAAGGCAGAGUUGUCUGCACUGACACUACCUGUCUUACAGGAAAUGGCCAACCACCAACUUUAA